AUGUCAACGGGAAUCGUCACCACCACGCGAGUCACACACGCAACUCCCGCGUGUUCAUAUGCUCACUCAGCAAACCGUGGCUGGGAAAGUGACGCCAAUAUUAAUAAGAGUGUUGGAGAUGAUGGUUCCAAGUGCAAGGACAUAGGUAGGAGUGUUUAUUUUUUUUUACUAUUAUUAUUAUCAUUUUUUAUUUGCAACACAAUAAUAGAAAUUACAAGUAAUAUAAAAAAAGUAGAAAAAAGAAGUGACGAGGAGACCUAACAGAAACUAUAGGAACUUAUAAGGGGUUAGGCCACCUCGAACUACGGGCUAGAGCUGUUUAACAUCAGUUGAAGAAAAGUUAGCGAAAAGUCAAAGUUGGAAAGAUCUAUGAUCGGUUUUCAUAUUUACUUAAUAAUUUAAUCUUUAGUAUUUUCCUUAAAGAGGAAAGGGAUUGAGAGUUGAUGACCUCGUCGACAAGUGAACCAAACAACGUAGGUCUUAAAAAAGGGCGAGAACUUCUUAGUGUUUGUUCGACAAUACGGUAGACGGAAGGCCUGGGAAUUCCCUGUAUUGUAAGAAAGGAAUUGAUUGCUUUGGGAGAAAUUGUUAUUAAACUGCCUUGGAGGUAAGAACGAAUUUUUGCAAGAAAACAUAAAUUGGCCCAGUUGAAGCAAAUGGAUAUCAUUAAAUUUUAGUAUACCGCGGUCCUUCAAGAUGGGGUCUGUAUGAGCAUUGAAAUGUGAUUUAUUCAGAUUUAUUAAUAAUUCUAAUAAUGCGCUUUGAGCAUGUUCAUUGUAAAUAGAGGCAUUUUCUAACUAUUACCGGGCCUAGCCCUUUGAAGGGAAACGGAGUACGAGCAAGGUCAACCCCUUUCCUGUCUGUACUUGUAAGUGAGACUGCCAGAUUUCAAUUAUAGUAAACUACGCAAUAUUAGAUCAAAGAGUGUUUUUUUUUUCUUUAGCAAAAUAGAGAAAUUUGUUGUUGAACGUUUUACUGUUUAAUGCAUACAGCUACAAAAUGAACCGAUAAACAUGAGGCCAUCGAGUACCACCAGUGAGUAGAGGACUGUGUAAGAGUGGUAACGAUUUAAAAGUGUACCCAUGCCAGUUCUAAUUUCAUUGUGUUUUUUAUUUUCCAAGCCUGAAGCCAGGUACUUGUAUAAAACUGCGAUUCGUACAGAAUGUUCGCAUUGAUUGGAAUUGAUUUAAUUUAACUGUUUUCAUUUGAUUUUGAAUUGACUGCUUUGAUUUGACUGUUAGCAGUUUACCUUAUUUUGUAAUUACAGCCUUACAACUUGUUGAGUAUCCCUAUGGAGAUGGCAUCGAGGUUGUAUUCGCUGGCGGCCGCAGGAAACUCAUGCAUAAGAAUCAGACAGAUCCCGAAUACCCGGAUAAAAAAGGAGAGAGACUGGAUGGCAGAGACCUGAUUAAAGAGUGGGUCAAUAAACACCAGAAUUCGAAAUACGUCUGGAACAAAACUGAGUUUGAGAAGAUUAAUGUUGAGGAAGUCGAUCACGUCUUAGGUACGAAACAUUUUAUGAGAAAUAAAGGGGGGGAAGGAAGUAAUUAAGGGAUAAACAACGUACCACGUGCUAAUAGCAAUCUGGUGCCCCAUCCUUAACCUACAGAUAUACAUGCUCACAGUUACCGGGCCUUUAGAAAGUAGUAAGGCAGGCUUGAUCUUGCUUGUUAUGACAGAAAUCAAAGUGCUUUUCAUCUGUAAAUAAAAUCUAAUUAGAACAGAAGGACAUAACUUAUGUUUGAGAAACAUGCAGUGAAAAGAGAUAUUAAAAUACUAAAGUGUGGGAGAUAACAAAGGUAAAUCAUUGCCCAUUGUUUUUUAUCAAGUGCAUGCCAUCUGUAUUUUUGUUUUCCAUUAGGUGAUAACGAUUUCAAACUCAUUUACUAUAACUGGCAGUUUGCCUGUGAUACUUUGCCAUUUAUCAAAAAGAAGCCGAUCAUAAACAGUCUUUAUUUUUUUAAGACUGUUAUCAGGCCUGUUAAUAGGAGUUUCAUAGCGCUCAAAAGAAUUUGUGAGAAAGGGAUGACACCAUUUUCUCUUCAUUUUACCGUUCUGUUUACCAUUUCUCUUAAUCCCCACAUCAUACCAGCAUAAAAUCUGUACCUUAUUGUCCCCAAAAGAAAGUCCUUAACAUCUGGGUUUCUCUUCACUAAAUCGUUAUUGAUCGAAGAGACAGACCAGUUUCACAAAUCCAGGAGCUGGGUUAGCUGUAUAGACCAUUGUUUUACUUGUGACAUGUCAUUCCUCAUUACACAUUUCUACGAUCAAAAACGCCCCUCUCAGUGGCAGAUCCAGACCUUCCGAUAAGGGGCGGGGCGGGGGGGUCGUCCAGACUCUGAGAUAAGGGGGCGCCCGGUCUUAUUUUGGUCUAAAAAUAAGGGGGGGGCUCCCCGGCCCCUCCCCGGGAUCCGCCACUGCCUCUUACUCUUCGAUUGAACUCCCUUCCCCCGUCUCCAAGACUGCGGUGGCUGAGUUUAUUAUGGGACCUAGCUUCUCAUCCCGGACGCCUGAAUAUUGAGAGAACUAUUUCCUUACUGACUGCUCCAGAAAUAAUUAAGAAAUCAUGUAACUUUCAAAUCUGUUAUGGUUUUUUUUUUUACAUUACUGAAUACCGUCUAUCUCCCUUUGGUGUUGAGAGUAAUAAUGCAUGUUUCUUUCCAUUGAUUGAGUAAAAAAGGUACCACAUUUCUAUGCAAAUGCUGUGCAAUGCACUACACUUUUGAAAUGUGCAUUUGUUAAACUUAUUAACUAUUACCUGAAUCUUCAGACGAAACACUGAUAACAGUAACAGCCGACCACUCUCACGUCUUUACCAUCGGUGGAUACCCCAAACGUGGGAACCCUGUGUUUGGUAUAAUACAAGAGGUAGACAAUACUUUAACUGUGGACACGGAGAACAGAACAUACACCACCCUUGGGUACGCAGACGGACCAGGUGGACUGAACGGAUCUCGUCAAGACCUGCGCAAUAUAGACACCGCUGACAAGGACUUUCUUCAGCAGGCUACAGUUCUCCUUGCGGAAAGCGAGAGUCAUGGAUCGGAAGAUGUUGGUGAGAAUCGGACCAAAAAAUUGUCGUCUGUUAAAGCGCCCAGAACUUAGAGCAGUGCCUAGCGCAAAAACGGUUGCCAUGGUACUGAUAUUGAUGAUUUUUCUGAGAAGAAUAAGUCCAACUUAAACUUUCCUUUUGAACACUACAACAGCUCCUGUUUGCCUUGCAACUGCUUCAUUUCCUCGUCUUAUAUCCCAGAUAAAACAAGAAGGAGCUUCUUUAAAAUUGAAAUACUAGCAUUUAUUCUUCAGUUUCCUCUCCUUUUUCUUUAAGAUUAUGAUUCUAAUUUAUAAAGUUAAAUCUUAUUCAAUCAAUAAUCAUAAGAGUGGUUAGACAGAUUGCGGGAGUCCAAUCUUUUUAAUCGUGAGUAUGGUUACCAACCGAAUUGGACGACAGGAAGUUCUGUAAUAGCUACAUUGAAAUUUGUGAUAAUUUCAACUUUUUAAAAAAAUUAAAAUCAAGAUCCUCGAGCGCUCACUACCAGACGUGGCGCGUUCUGUCCAAUAAUUACGUAGGCAGGAGGUGAACUGUUCUGAUGCUGAAAUCAUGGUUGCCAUAGCUAAUCAGAAUUAGCGAAUAUUUUAUAGUUCUGAUUAUGAUGAUGAUGAUGAUGAUGAUGAUUUUUAUUAUUAGCGGAGCCCCAUAGCUCAGAAAAUUUGUUAUUUAUCAUCCUAAGAAAAUUCGGUAGUCACGUGACCGCACGCCUGUUCAAUACUGGUAGCCGAAAUGAUUAAAUAAGUUAUUUACUGUCCCAGGUCUGUCACCGAAUGAAACAAACGGUAACUUAUAGUGAUAUGUGUUUUUAGAUCUGUGACUGUACAAAUGUUAAGGCCGCUAUACACAUAACUGUUCGUCCGAGCCCGAUAGAAAACCCGAAACAUAAUAAAGUUACGGCGAACACUGAAAAGUCGGCCAGAUUUUUAUUUUAAAUCUUUCCUUUAUAAUUAGCCAGAAAUAUUGACUCUACAACUCACAACCUAUAAAUUGGCUGCUAUCGUAGAGUAUCGUGCACUAAAACGAUUUACUUUUUUUUCUCGUUUUAUUUUUUAAUUUACGUUGUAAACACCGGGUAAAUAUAAGACUUUUAGCUUGAUGGGAGAGAUUUCAUUUUAGGCGUGUUUGCGGGAUAUCAACCAGCCUCUCCUAUCCCUCUAAAGGAGGAUUCUUUUUAGUGGCUUAAGUUUAAUGGCAGGCGACAAGAGGAGCCAGCAAUCAUAAUCUCCAUGUUGUUACUACGCAUGCGUCGCAUGUAUGUAGCCAGCUUUCGUUUGGAUUUCCACUAAAAAUGUAUGGAAUGCACGUACAGAACGCAAUUUGAUCACGCGCUUUUAGACCUUCCAUCACUCGUAAUCUAAUCACGCGUGUUUUGAACAUCUGUCACGUGAAACUUACACAAAGCGCAGCGAUGGAGCAAGAGCGUGAAAAAAAGAAACGCCUGAUCGUAGGUUACCGAUCAUUGUCGCCCGCACUCUGCAACCUUUGGUUAUUGCUAGUUAUAUACACUAGGUUAAUUGCUUUUAUGAUAAGUAUGUAAAUGGAGGCUUUGCUUUUAACUCUGGUUAAAUCUUUGUAUUAUUUUUCUUAUUAUUGUUGUUUUGCAGGCGUAUUCGCGGACGGACCUGGGGCCUACCUAUUCCAUGGUGUAGUGGAACAGCAGUACGUAUUUCACGUGAUGGAUUACGCCUUAUGUCUCAGCGAGAGCAAGCAGAAAUCAUGUGAGAAGCACGUGAACAGGGGAGGGAAGCCUAACAGCAAAAGUGGAUCGUUGUCUUUGUCUGUCCCCUCGCUCUAUUCUUUACUACUGAUUUCAAUCUCUUAUGCCGUUCUUCGAGCGCUCGAAGCAUAA